CAAUUGCCGAGAUUCUGGCAAGAGUUCUGCAAUGUUGGCAGGACUGACCAGAAAAAAAAGCCGCAGCGGAGAAAAGUCAACUGGCUACUAGGACCGAGUUGGGUCCCUCACUAAUUACGUAUUGUCCACAUCCGUCUCUUACAAGUGGCAAUUAGGGUCAAGUGAAUAAAAGCGCCUGGACUUAGAGUGAGUUAGUAUUUUGUGGAGUGGCCGACAAGAUGGCUACGACGCUCUUACAGGGAUACCUGCUCAUGAUCCUCAUCAAAACGUCUCUGCAAGGAGGUGUUCCUGGAGCAACAGGAGUUCAAGGAACACUAGGACGUCUCUUUCUUCCAAGUUCAUAUUUUCGCAGUACUGGGGUGCAAGCUCCUGGACCUGGAAUUUUACAGCAACAAAUAGCUGCUGCAUCUAAAGCAGCCAAACUUGCAGGAAAAGGAUUACCUGGUGCCGUUCCAGGGGCAGCAUACCCUUACCAGGCUGGACCAGGAGCUGGAAUUCUAGGUGCUGGAGUGCCCGGUGUUGGAGUUCCCGGUGCUGGAGUUCCAGGUGCAAUUUUCCCUGGGUUAUAUCCAGGUGCAAGAACUCACGGGCUGGGUGUACUACCUGGUGUACCAACUGGGACUGGUUUGAAAGCUAAACCAGGUGUUGGUGGUCAGUAUGGAUACCCAGCAGGUUAUGGUGGCUUUGGAGUAGGAGUACCUGUUGGUUAUCCUGUGCUGUCUCCUAAACUACCAGGUGGCUAUGGAAUUCCAUACAGUGCUGGUGGAUAUGCAGCAGCCAAAGCUGCUAAAUAUGCAGGAGCUGUACCAGGCCAGGUUCCAGGAGGUGUACCAGGCCAGGUUCCAGGAGGCAUUUCAGAUAGAUAUGCUGCAGCAGCAGCGAAAGCUGCUAAAUAUGGAGAUGGAUAUGCAGCAGCUAAAGCUGCUAAAUAUGGAGGUGGUGUACCAGGACUAGGUCCAGGAGGCUUUCCAUGGCGUGGAGCAGGAGCUCUGCCAUGGCGUGUAGCUGGUGGCUUUGCAGGAGCUGUACCAGGAGGAGUUCCAGGAGGGGUUCCAGGUGGAUAUGCAUCAGCUAAAGCUGCUAAAUAUGGAGUUGGUCCAGGAGCUGUACCUGGAGCUCAGCCAGGUGUUGUACCCGGUGCAGCUGCUGCAGCCAAAGCUGCAAAAUAUGGAGGUGCUGAAGGAGCUGUUCAGCCUGGAGUUCCAGGAGGUAAGGACAUUGGUGUUGGAGUAGGAGUGCAGCGGGGCGCUGGAGUAGGUGUGCAGCCAGGCGCUGGAGUUGUCCAACCUGGUAUUGGAGUUGGCGGAGCUGCUGCACCUAAAGCUGCCAAAUAUGGAGGUCUUGGAGUGGGUGUGCAGCCUGGCGUUGGAGUGGGUGUGCAGCCUGGCGUUGGAGUGGGUGUGCAGCCUGGCGUUGGAGUGGGUGUGCAACCUGGUGUUGGAGUGGGUGUCCCGGCUGGCAUCGGAGUAGGUGGAGCUGCUCCAUCUAAAGCUGCUAAAUAUCAAGGCCUUGGAGUGGGUGUGCAGCCUGGUGUUGGAGUAGGAGUCCAGCCUGGCGCAGGAGUUGGCCAGCCUGGCAUCGGAGUGGGUGGACUUGCUGCAUCUAAAGCUGCUAAAUAUGGAGGUCUUGGAUUGGGGGUGCAGCCUGGAGUUGGAGUCGGGGUGCAGCCUGGAGUUGGAGUCGGGGUGCAGCCUGGAGUUGGAGUGGGGAUGAAGCCUGGAGUUGGAGUGGGGGUGCAGCCUGGAGUUGGAGUGGGGGUGAAGCCUGGCAUCGGAGUGGGUGGACUUGCUGCAUCUAAAGCUGCUAAGUAUAGAGGCCUGGGAUUGGGUGUGCAACCUGGCAUAGGAGUAGGAGUCCAGCCUGGAGCAGGAGUAGGUGUUCUGCCUGACAUCGGAGUGGGUGGAGCUGCUCCAUCUAAAGCUGCUAAGUAUAGAGGUGUUGGCAUAGGUGUGCAGCCUGGCGUUGGAGUAGGUGUGCAGCCUGGCAUCGGAGUGGGUGUUAAUGGAGUUCGACCCAGCAGUGCUCCACUGACUCCUCAACCAGGUGGAGCACAGCCAGGCCUUGGAGCUAAAGCAGCCAAGCUAGGGCAAGGAGGCUACGGUGGAUACCUACCCUAUUAUCAACCUGGUAAACCUCCUAAACAGUAUGGGGCACUGAGCCAGUUUGGGUAUCCUUAUGGGAGAGGAUCCCCUUGUGCAAUGGGAAAAUAUUGUGGCCGAAGGAGAAAAUAAAUAAAUAAUUGGAAAAGAAGUGACCUCAAGAACUCUGGUGCUACUGCAUGAUUCGGAAUGUAAAGGAUGGUGUGGAAUGGAACUCCCCUCACCACUGCCCCCCACCUUUCUUCAUUUCAUCUAUGAAACAAUUUGGCUGCAUUCAUUAUCAGUAUCUAAUGGACUUUGUUAUCAAAGAAGCUGUGCUAUACACUGUGUGCUUCAAGCAUUUAGGGACCAGCUUACAACUGAGUCCUUUGCUGUUAAUCUCAUUCAUAGUAAACACCAUCCUUGACUUGAUUUGUUUUGUUUUGUGAUUCUAACUCCAGUAUUUUUAAGUUAUAAAAUUGUGUUAUUAAUUUUUAGUGGCUUGUGCUUUGCUUUACAAGAUGUACUGUGAGUGAUACCUGGAUCAUACAGCUGGGCCGUAGCUCCAACCCCUGCCAUAAUUUUGGUGCUGAUGAAAAUCUAUUUUUGAGAGUGGCAGCUGUAUUCAUACAAAUGAUGGCUCAACCCUAAUGAGUGGGGCCUGAAGUGACCAAUGCAACUUUUGCAUACUGUUUUUCUACACGUUUGUCACAUGGCUAACAAGACUUUGCACUUGGGGGCCAAAUUUAGCUUCCUGGCCAUAAGAUUCCUGGAAAGGUCUGGCUACUUUGAUUUGGUAGGCUUUGAAGUUUAUACAAGCUGAAUGGCAUUGGGGCAGAUUUUUCCCCUCCUACACUUGAAGCUAAUUAAUUUCUUCCACACAAUAAAUUCAGGAAUAUUGGGCCAGCUAUCCUACGUUAUUUCUUCCCACCUUAUUUUCCUGUACCCAUUGUACCUGGAUGGUUCAGAACUCUCAGGUUUGGGACAAGGAAAACCUAUCCCAAGUUAUGAUAACAUUAGUCCUUCAUCAUUGGCAGUGGUGUGGCUAGGAUUUUACUACCUCCAGGAUCAGGGUUAAUAAACGAACUCUGCACAUUUUAACAAUCUGAUUACAGCAUUAAUUGGUUAUGAUUUGUAUUCAAUUGAAAUGUCCUGUUGGAACUCUGCCAAAUGAAUUAGUUGGGUAACAAAUUAAUCCAACAAAGACAUUUUGUUCCUAAAAUGAAAACUUUCCAACUAAUCCUAGCUCAUGAAAUUCCCCAAUUUAGCAUAUUGUAAAGCGGUUCGUAGUCCUGCUGUCAACAAACUUGCAUGCUGUUAUAAAUCCUUACUGCACAAUAGUGCAGUCUCAGGCAUCAUCUUCUAAAAAAAAUUAUAUAAUAAGAGGGUAUAUAGACAUAAUUGCACACGAUUAUUAGAUUGUACCUGAAGGGGCUAACUGAAUUGUGAAAAUGCAGAAGCCCACCACAGCCAUUCUUGAUAAAAUUGACCUUUCUCUUCUGCUUUCUGUCUCUUCUGUCUGUGUCCAUUUUCUCUGGCCCUAUUUUGUUUCUCUUUGACUGUCUUAUCUGCAAAGUAGAAAUCAUGAUCAGCAGUAUUCUUGAAACAGGUUUAACCAUUAGAUUUUUAACUAGUUCAAUGCCUGGAUCAAAAUAAAUUUGAUAUGAGCACCUUAAGUAUCUGUCAUAGAUGCUGAUCAGAGCUCCUGUUCUUAACAUAACUCACAAUUUUCCAUCAUGCACUUCUUUUGAUAAGUGAUAUGCUAUUGUAUGUAAUACUUUACAUCAGUUCUGCAAUAAUAAGUACUGUAGCAGAUCUUGAGCCCCAACAUUGGUGUAUUGCUUCAGGUUUGGUGUAAUGCCCAUUUGCUGUAUCUUCAUAAACUGUAUGAAUGAGAAAAUACUGGAUGGACAACAAUUCAGUAACAGCUUUUAAAAUAAACAGAAUUGUUUAAAUAAA